AGCCACACAGAUAAUGACGCGAGGCCAUUUUUUCGCUGUGUGAAAUACAUGAAAGAGACCAGUAUCGAUCAUGCUGAAUCUUAGGCACACCUGUGGUUUUCAAAGAAGAAAGGCUCUACUCGUUUGCACCUUCUUGUAUCUGUUAGCUACGAAGGGAACAACAAAUUGUUCUUCACUCGAGGAAAAGUACAUACUGCACUAUGGACUCCGGUGGAGACAUUUGUAUUCGAGGGUGUUUUCUGGGCCCAUGCACUUUCAGAGGAUUUAUGUUGCUAGUUGUCCUCGGACGACUUUGUUCGGAGGACGAAACGGAAUGGCGGACUAAUUAAUGAUGCCCUUCGUCUGAUGUGGAACCAAGCUGAGGAUCUAGCAGACUAUCAUUUUGACCAGCACUUAUCGAAGGAAAAUGUUGCUUCGUCAAAACGUUGAAACUAAUCAAGUCAAGUUACUAUUCUGUUCUUGAUGAAUGUCCCUGGUCCACCGAUCUCUAAGCAACUAUGCUGCCUUGCAUAUUGUAUCUUAUGCCUGAUAGUCGUCUUCAUCGUCACUCUAUUCGAAACAACAGCCACGGACAGACCAAAGCCGAUUGGAUUUCUUGGUCAGCACCCAAAGCUGGAUGUGAGGCGCCUAUCUGGGCAGCUGCGGAAUGUUGAUCUGACCCAGUCCACGUGGCAGCAAAACGGCUCUCGGACGCCAGGAAAGAGUAGCGAAAAUGAGGAGCGUAGCGAAGAAGUUGAGCUGGAGGGGUUUAUGGAGCUACAGGCAGCCAUUCAGCAAGAGCGCCGCAAACAUCUCACGUGGGGCUGCAGCAGACAUCCCGAGCUCUCAAGAAGCGGCAUCAGUCGCAUGACCUUACAACAAAUAUACGUGAACGACGAGUACAAGAUACUUUAUUGCUUUGUCCCAAAGGUUGCAUGCAGUAACUGGAAGAGAGUUUUAAUGGUUCUUGGUGGUGUACGUAACCGGACAGAGGACAUUACCUUGAAGGAAACCAACCACCCUAAAGGCUUGAGAAAGCUCAGCCACUUUAAUCCGGCCGAGCAGACACACCGACUUCACACCUACACCAAGUUCAUGUACACCCGCCAUCCUUUCCGACGCAUCCUGUCCACUUAUCUGGAUAAAUUUGCGGGCAGAGUGCUGCCUUUUUGGGAGCCCCUCGCUAAGCACAUCAUUAUGAAGUACCGCAGGAAUGCCAAGGUGCAGAAACUGCUUAAAAGUGGCCGAAAUAUCACCUGGCACGAGUGGAUAGCCUACCUAACCGAUCCGAGGGAGAGGGCGGGCUUUGACUCCCACUGGAUGGAGAUCCACAAGAUAUGUUCGCCGUGCAAGGUCAGGUACGACUAUUUGGGUAAGCUUGAGACUGCCAAUGACGACGCUAGGUACAUACUGACGUCACUUGGGCUACAGGACAAAAUCUCCUUCCCGACUGGUGACAGACAUCAGACUAACAGUUCUCAAGUCUACUCAGCCUUCCUUAGACGUACCGUCAAUGCUUCGUUACAAACUCUGUGGAGGAUGUACAACUUAGAUUUCGAGCUUUUCGGGUACGACAAGCCAGACUUUCUGUGAUCCGUGUCGUUUAAUUUGCUGCUAAGUUUCUGGAUGUCACUUGAGUUUAUGAAAUCAUGAUUUGGUUUUGUAAACUGAAGCUGCAUCCCCGCGACUCUGGUUGGGAAAAUUGACAACAUUACUUGGAUCUCUGGAAGUGCCAACCAACUUUGAGACGCUGAUAUUAUCCUAAGACUACGCCCGAAUCAAUCACUUGGCUGUAGCUUGAUAUCACACGCGAUUCUGUAGUAGUGUCUGUAGCCCACUCGUAGCCUAGUAGCCCAUUGAGUCUUGUGUAAUUCCAAGCCGCAGCCAAGUGAUUCGGACACGGCCUUUACUCAGAGGACAGCAGGCAAAAUGUUGGCAUCCUGAGAUGGAUUAUUACUUGAUGAUGACCUCCUGGGAGAACUAAUGUUGUGCGCAUUGUGUCAAUGGCCAGCCUUCGCAUAGCUCGCGAUUCAACGCGCGAUCAACCCAUGCCUUCAGCGCUUUUUUUUUUACCGCCAAGUUCAUUAACGCGCAUGUGUUUGAGAAUUUCUUACAUGCUAAGGGCUUGUUAAUUAAGGUUGCUGUAUUGAAAGUUAAAACAAUACCGAUACAUAAUCACAUUUUGUUGUCCAAAUCCAGAAUUUGUAUUUAUUGAAGACAAGUUUCUGUACACUUAUUUUCUGAAAUUUUUAAUCACCCGAUGAAAACUACCCAAGUGACAGGCUGUAGACCAAUUGGAAUGGUCAGACUUCCUGAAUUUCUUCCGAAUUCUAAGUUUUAAUCUUAAUUUUAAGUGUUAAUCUUAUGAGUGUCUUUUCAUUACGAGACUAAUUGUUAAUUCCUUCAAAAGAAAUCAUUGAAUGUUGCCGCCAUAAGCGUCAUUACACCGUCUGUCCUGAGUGUGGUUGGAUGACGUUCGAUCCUUGCAGUUGUGGGGCCACGCUCUAGGUGACAACCAGUCCGUACCAUGAGCUCCAGGAGGACCUAGCCAAUGAAAACAUUUUACUAAAGACUACAGACGAGUAAAUUGCCUCAAAUGCAUUUCAUGGAGAUCUUAAGGGCACAUAUCAAACUAAAGUACAGUUUAGCAUGUUUCGGUUUCUGCUUAGUACUUCACAAAAUUAGGAAUGAUUAAGAAUAGUUGCACGGAAUGAAUGCAUGCUCUUUGAUCAGUUAACCCUAACCCCUAGGGUGUAUGUAAAAUCGUAUUGAAUUUGGAGGAUUUGGGAGUGUUGUUUUUGCGACACCAAAGCAAUUAAAACCUCAGGGCAAUUUUCUUGUACCAUUCGACGGGCUCGAUGCGGACUCGUAUUGCCACAAUGCUAGCUGUCGACAAAGAGAUUAGGAACUUCGGCUUGAGAAUCUUUGACAUUACCGGCAAACAACUGCAAAACAAAUAGCCAGAAGAAUAAAGGUAUUUUUUGUCGUGGUCUCAUCUUGCUCCUAUGGCAA